CAGUCGUCUUCAUGCUUCCCCAAAUCCCACGCGAGAAACAAACGCUCCACCACGACUACCAGUGCGACCUCGAGCCCACGGCGACGACUGCUCUGCCUGGAUAAGUACCAACCACGAUACCGUCUGCGCUCGCGCCCGUGCCCGCAACCCUGACAAUCGCGGCGCAUCGCCAGGGCCAUCGCGCCACGCCGCCCGCCCAGCCAUCGCGACGACCGCCCGCGGACUGACGGCACGUAGCUGCUCCCUGGUACCGCGCCAGGCGCGACCGUCCCAAGGCCGCGGAGGAGGAGUCGAGCGGCGGGGGACGACGCCAUGGAUGAAGAGGACCGCUUCUCCGCCAGCUCGGCCGAGUCGGAGCGCGGCGACGAGCCCGACGAGCCCAUGCAGGACGCCGACGAGCCUACCACGACCACCGCCCGUAACAACAGCAACAGCAACAUCAACGACGCCGAGCCCGAGCCCGACGAGGACAACAAUGACGACGCGGAUGCCGACGACGACGAUGACGACGACGAGGGCGAGGGCGACAACGACCCCGAGGGCGGCGAUGAUGACGCCGACGCUGCCAACAACACCACUGUCGCCGCCUCCGCCGCGGCGCCCGAUGCCCCCAACGAAAACAACGCCUCCCACGAGCCGCCGCGCCCCAAGUCGAGCAAGUCGGCUACCCCCCUGCCCUCAACCAUGCCCUGGCGCCCGACUGUUCGCCCCGAGGCUCUGACGGCAAAGCUCUACGACAUCGUCCCGACCAUGGCUGCGCCUCAGUCGACGAGCGUCAAUGCCAUGGCCAUCACCCCCGAUCUGCGAUAUUGGAUCACCGGCGGCUCUGACGGCUACAUACGCAAGUACGACGGCCCUGGUACCAUCAAUGGCAAGCUGGCCCUCACCGUCGCCCAGAAGCACCCCUUUGUCGAUAGUGUCACCAAGGCCGGCAUCCUCAUGUCGUAUUGGGAGAAUGAGGAGCCCGCGCCCCCCGGCCGUGGUGACCAGGACCACGUCCUGUCGCCCGUGUACUCAUUGGCCGUCCAUUCCCAGGCCCUAUGGCUGCUCUCGGGCCUGGAAUCGGGCGGCAUCAACCUGCAGAGUGUGCGCCACGACGAGGGCAAGAAGAUUGCCUGCUUGCAGCGACACACCAACGCCGUGAGCGUCCUGACCCUCGCCCCCGAUGAAAAAAGUGUCCUGAGCGGCGGCUGGGACAAGAAUAUAUUCGACUGGGACCUGAACACGGGCCAGCCCAAGCGGAGCUUCGAUGGCAGCGGCGGCCAGAUCUCGUCCGUGGAGCUUCGCCCGGCCAGCGGGGACCCCAUCUCCGCCGAGGCCGACGAGCCCGUGGCCUCGCACACAAUCGCUACCAACAACGAUGCCCCCAUGACCAACGGCGCCUUUCACGACCACGUUGACGGCGGCGGCGGCGCGUCGGGGCUCGGAGAUGGAGAGGCAGGCGAUGCCCAGGAUGGACAGGCGUCCCCAGCCCACGAGAGCCUGUUCGGCGGCAGCGACGCAGGCAGCCUGUUCGGCGAGACGGCCGGGGAGCAGCCCUUUGGCCACGAUGACGACGGCUACGGCGCGGGCAUGGACAUGAUGGGCAGCCAUGAAGGAGGCAUGGAUUACUCGGCUGAUAUGGCCAUGACUGACAUGGAGGCGGGGAAAGCCGCCGACGGCGAGCUGCCAUCGGGCCAGAUGCAGCCGCCGACGCAAACGCAAACGCAGACGGAGACAGAGACGGACACGCAGCCUACGCAGGACGCCAUGGACAUUGACGGGACGAGUCAAGCCCAGGCCAAAGGUCACCACGAGUCUGCCGGUGCGACUCAGGCCGGCGCAGGAGCUUCUCCACGGCCGGCAACGACUCAGGACGGCCAGACCCAGCUGCAAGACACGCCUUCACGGCGACUAUCAGAGGAUAAGGCGCUCCUCAAGAGCUCCCCGUCCCCCCCGGCCGCAGUCUUCGCGACGGGCCAGCCAUCAUAUACGCAGCAGCAGCAGCACGAUCCAUCGCAGACGUCGGCGACGACAUUCCUAUCGUCGGCUAUCGACGGGGCGAUACGGAUCUGGGACCGACGAGUACCAAACCCCGUAGCGCGCAUCGGCAACCGGGUGGGGGUGCCGCCCUGGUGCAUGAGCGCGUGCUGGAGUCCGGAUGGCAACAUGAUAUACGCAGGGCGGCGCAACGGCACCGUGGAGGAGUUUGACGUGCGCAAGGCGCGGCGAGGAUGGGAGCCAGAGAGGGUGCUCAAGUUCCCCGCAGGCAGCGGCGCGGUCAGCGCGGUAAAGCCCAUGGUCAACGGGCGACAUCUGGUGUGCGCGUCUCAUGACAUCCUCCGAUUGUACGACCUCAGGGAGACGCGGGCGGCCAAGCACUCGACGGUGCCCUUCCUCAUCAUCCCCGGGCCGCCGCGCGCAGGCGUCAUCUCGGGCCUGUACGUGGACCCGACGAGCCGGUUCAUGCUGAGCGCAGCGGGGACGCGCGGCUGGGAGGGGACGAGCACCGAGGUGUUGAUUGGGUACGAGAUCAAUGUGACGGAGUAGUCAAGAGGCAUGUCUCGGUUCAGGCCGACGACGACGCUUGGGAGUUGAGACGAGGCGUUUUCUUGGUGCAAGGUCAUGGCGUUGGGGAGUGUGAUUUGAUAUGAAUGGAAUUUCUUGGCCGCUUGGAUGAUGCAGGCGAGCCCCCC